AGGCGCCCAGAGAAGCGGGAGUGAGAGAAGCUUUGAGAGUUGCAGGGGGCUACUUUCUUGCAGUUGGGCGGCGGGCCGCAUGGGUGCUUGUUGACCGGGCUAGGAGCAGGGCAUUCAAAAGCUAGGUGUCAGAGCGCACUGAAGUCCAACACGCCUGCAGAGACUGCCCUGAGACUGGAGGUGUGUCUGGCUUGCAUCCAGGGCCACAGGGUAGAUUCUCGCCACCGACCUGGCUGGAUGACGGCUGGCUGGUAGUGAGCUCCCCUGCCCACUGGCUGACCUCAAGCAGUUGGCCCCGGUGGGUGGAGGUUAUUCGAGGGGGACGAGUUGGGGACGGAGCAUCAGCUCCUGCCAGCGCGCGGGUCUCCUCCACCUCCAAGCAGUGUGGUGCGUGGGACGCGCAUCUUCCCGGACUAUCCCUUUCCAGCGCGGUCUGUGCGGACCCCGAGCCGGGCAGCCGCCAGGGACGGAAGGCGGGGUGCCUUUCUCUGGGCUCAUCCGCUAUCAGCCGUGGGAACUCUUAACUUUAUCCGGAGGGAUCGGUGAGGGCGGGGGUGGGAGAGGUUCUCCUCCCCUGGCGCUUACCUCCCCUUCCCGGGCCGCCCCUCCCCCGCCUCCCAUGGCUUCGCUUUCAGAGCAUCCUCACUCCGCCCAGUUCGGUGCCAGCUGCGUGGGCUCCAGCUUCGUUCCUUUUCCUUGGAAUGCUCCAAAACUCGGCAGCGACUAAGGGAAUUCCAUCGGAAUUUGCCGGGCGUGCUCUCACCCCGCACGGCACCCGCGCCGUCCGUCCCCGGAUCCCAUCACUUCAGCCCGAAGAUUGCAACUUUGCAGAGACAAAGAAAUAGCAUGGCAUGAAACAUGGCUCAGUUCUAUUACAAAAGAAAUGUUAAUGCUCCCUAUAGAGAUCGCAUCCCUCUGAGGAUAGUAAGAGCAGAAUCAGAACUCUCGCCAUCAGAAAAAGCCUACUUGAAUGCUGUGGAAAAGGGAGACUAUGCCAGUGUCAAGAAAUCCCUAGAGGAAGCUGAAAUUUAUUUUAAAAUCAAUAUUAAUUGCAUUGAUCCUCUCGGAAGAACUGCUCUCCUCAUUGCAAUUGAAAAUGAGAACUUGGAGCUCAUCGAACUACUCUUAAGCUUUAAUGUCUAUGUUGGAGAUGCUCUAUUACAUGCUAUCAGAAAAGAAGUCGUCGGAGCUGUUGAGCUGUUAUUGAACCACAAAAAACCCAGUGGAGAAAAACAGGUGCCUCCUAUACUGCUUGAUAAGCAGUUCUCUGAAUUCACUCCGGACAUUACACCAAUCAUUUUGGCAGCCCAUACAAACAAUUACGAGAUAAUAAAACUCUUGGUUCAGAAAGGAGUCUCGGUGCCUCGACCGCACGAGGUCCGCUGUAACUGUGUGGAAUGCGUGUCCAGUUCAGAUGUGGACAGCCUCCGUCACUCCCGCUCCAGACUCAACAUCUACAAGGCCUUGGCCAGUCCCUCUCUCAUUGCACUGUCAAGCGAAGAUCCUUUUCUCACAGCCUUUCAGUUAAGUUGGGAGCUUCAGGAACUGAGCAAGGUGGAAAAUGAAUUCAAGUCGGAGUAUGAAGAGCUGUCACGGCAGUGCAAACAAUUUGCUAAGGACCUACUGGAUCAGACAAGAAGUUCCAGAGAACUGGAAAUCAUUCUUAAUUACCGAGAUGACAAUAGUCUCAUAGAAGAACAAAGUGGAAAUGAUCUUGCAAGACUAAAAUUGGCCAUUAAGUACCGUCAAAAAGAGUUUGUUGCCCAGCCCAAUUGUCAACAGCUGCUGGCAUCUCGCUGGUACGAUGAGUUUCCAGGCUGGAGGAGAAGACACUGGGCAGUGAAGAUGGUGACAUGUUUCAUCAUAGGACUUCUUUUUCCUGUCUUCUCUGUGUGCUACCUGAUAGCUCCCAAAAGCCCACUCGGACUGUUCAUCAGGAAGCCAUUUAUCAAGUUUAUCUGCCACACAGCCUCCUAUUUGACUUUUUUGUUCCUGCUGCUGCUUGCCUCUCAGCACAUCGACAGGUCAGACUUGAACAGGCAAGGUCCACCACCAACCAUCGUCGAGUGGAUGAUAUUACCAUGGGUCCUGGGUUUCAUAUGGGGAGAAAUUAAACAGAUGUGGGAUGGCGGACUUCAGGACUACAUCCAUGAUUGGUGGAAUCUAAUGGACUUUGUAAUGAACUCCUUAUAUUUAGCGACAAUCUCCUUGAAAAUUGUCGCGUUUGUAAAGUACAGUGCCCUUAAUCCACGAGAAUCAUGGGACAUGUGGCAUCCCACUCUGGUGGCAGAGGCUUUAUUUGCUAUUGCAAACAUCUUCAGUUCUCUGCGUCUGAUCUCACUGUUUACUGCAAAUUCUCAUCUGGGACCUCUGCAAAUAUCUCUGGGAAGAAUGCUCCUGGACAUUUUGAAGUUUCUAUUCAUAUACUGCCUUGUGUUGCUAGCAUUUGCAAAUGGCCUAAAUCAAUUGUACUUCUAUUAUGAAGAAACGAAAGGGUUGACCUGCAAAGGCAUACGAUGUGAAAAGCAGAAUAAUGCAUUUUCGACGUUAUUUGAGACACUGCAGUCCCUGUUUUGGUCAAUAUUUGGACUCAUCAAUUUAUAUGUGACCAAUGUCAAAGCACAGCAUGAAUUUACUGAGUUUGUUGGUGCCACCAUGUUUGGGACAUACAAUGUCAUCUCUCUGGUUGUUCUACUCAACAUGUUAAUAGCUAUGAUGAAUAAUUCUUACCAACUGAUUGCUGACCAUGCAGAUAUAGAAUGGAAAUUUGCACGAACAAAGCUUUGGAUGAGUUAUUUUGAAGAAGGAGGUACUCUGCCUACUCCCUUCAAUGUCAUCCCGAGCCCCAAGUCUCUCUGGUACCUGAUCAAAUGGAUCUGGACACACUUGUGCAAGAAACAGAUGAGAAGAAAACCAGAAAGUUUUGGAACAAUAGGGAGGCGAGCUGCUGAUAAUUUGAGAAGACAUCACCAGUACCAAGAAGUUAUGAGGAACCUGGUGAAGCGAUACGUCGCUGCAAUGAUUAGAGAUGCUAAAACUGAAGAAGGCCUGACCGAAGAGAACUUUAAGGAACUAAAGCAAGACAUUUCUAGUUUCCGCUUUGAAGUUCUGGGAUUACUAAGAGGAAGCAAACUUUCCACAAUACAAUCUGCAAAUGCCUCGAAGGAGUCUUCAAACUCGGCAGACUCAGAUGAAAAGAGUGAUAACGAAGGUAAUAGCAAGGACAAGAAAAAGAAUUUCAGCCUUUUUGAUUUAACCACCCUGAUUCAUCCGAGAUCAGCAGCAAUUGCCUCUGAAAGACAUAACAUAAGCAAUGGCUCUGCCCUGGUGGUGCAGGAGCCACCCAGGGAGAAGCAGAGAAAAGUGAAUUUUGUGACCGAUAUCAAAAACUUUGGGUUAUUUCAUAGACGAUCAAAACAAAAUGCUGCUGAGCAAAAUGCAAACCAAAUCUUCUCUGUUUCAGAAGAAGUUGCUCGUCAACAGGCUGCAGGACCACUUGAGAGAAAUAUUCAACUGGAAUCUCGAGGAUUAGCUUCACGGGCUGACCUGAGCAUUCCCGGUCUCAGUGAACAAUGUGUGUUAGUAGACCAUAGAGAAAGGAAUACGGACACACUGGGGUUACAGGUAGGCAAGAGAGUGUGUCCAUUCAAGUCAGAGAAGGUGGUGGUGGAGGACACGGUUCCUAUAAUACCAAAGGAGAAACAUGCUAAAGAAGAGGACUCGAGUAUAGACUAUGAUCUAAGCCUCCCAGACACAGUCACCCAGGAAGAUUAUGUGACCACAAGAUUGUGAUACUUGAAGGAGGAAGCGUUUACCAUACACAUAUAUAUUUUCCGUAGUGCUCUGGGUGUGGGAAAAUGUUUAAAUUCUAUUAGCAAAUGCUAACUUACACUUUAUAGCGUUUCUCAACUGUGGCAUAUUAACCUGUAACAUGUUUAAAUAAGGCAAAGGCAAUCAAAAACCUUUUUGUUUUGUAGCCUGCUUUUGCUUUCACAAUUUGUUUUACAAUUGUUUUUGUUAAUAAAUAAAUGCACCUUGUAUUCUUGUACUGUUGCAAUAA